UUUUUGAUCAAAGACAAUUCACUAUUGUUAAAAAGUUAAUAUUACGGAGAACCAAACACAUAUGAGGCCAUGAUUACCCUUUGAAUCUUAACCAUCCCCUUCUGUUCAAAAUCCUUUCCUUGUCUUCCAAAUAUUCCUCCUUUCAUCUUUCUUUCUGAUCAAAUAUUUUCACGUACGAAGCAAAAAUGAAGAGCCGGAGCAGAAACUUCGCCACCCUGAGUUUGAUGAUAAUUACGGUUUUGUUAAGGACGAAGAUUGUGGCUGGACAAGAAGCACUAUUAGGAAAGAAAGUAUUGCCGUUGUGCCACAGAGAAUGUAUGCCAAUAUGCAUGAAAGUGACAGAAGCAACGCAAGAAAUUUGUGAGGGGGCAUGCCAAGCUGGUUGUGUCCAGCUUCAAGGACGAGGCACCGGACUUUCAGCCACUGAUCAAGGAGUCGAUAUGGUAAUUGCAUAGAGAAAUAUUUAAUAUAUUUUUACAGGAAAAAAAAUAAGAUUUUGUAUCACCAUACGGUAGUUAUCUUUUAUAUGUAGCUGAUUGUACAACUGGGGAAUCUCUUAAACACCGAUGUAGCAAGUAUGCAUUAUGAUAAAUAUUAUCCAGUCUAUUCCGAAAA